AUGGCGGACAAUGGAGAGGGGAGCUCGAGACCGCCUCCUGGAUGGCACAGCAGAGUCCCCGAAGCGCAGCCUCCUCGAGUGCCAUUCCCUCGCAUCAACCCGUCGCCAGUGCCUAGACCCGAAGACGUCCUGCCUGAUAUUUUUGAGCAACAACCGGAGAUAUACCCAGGAAGUACACGGGGAGGAUGGCGUCUUCGAGCGCCCUUUGGCCCGAAACACAACCUUCCACAGUAUGAGAUGAACAAACAAUGUUCUCAUGGCAUUAUGGUUCGCCGGUUUGUGGACGAUGGUAUACUUUGUCCCAACUGCGCUCGCCAACCCUUACUCGGAUGGUUGCUCUUCUGCGUCGAAGAUCUCGAUCAACCAAACGGUCCGGGGCUGUCCGGAGGAAUCUCCAGGGCCAUGAUCAACGGUCAUUACACCUUCAGAGAGAGAACGAUCGUGAGGCAACAGAGGGCAAUCGUAUUGCAGCAUCUGGAGCAGGAGUCUGGCCCGGUUGCAGCUCCGUUCUCACAUAUUGAAGUCAUUCAGGGAGUCGAGCCGGGCGUCCAGGACGAUGACAACGGCAACGAUGAACUGCCCACAGAGAGCACUGAGGCUAUCCGUCGGCAGAAUCAGGUAGAAUCAAUGUCUUGCCCGGAACAAUCUUCCAGGCAGCCGCGUUCAGCUUGCCGAUUCUGGUGCUGCUACCAUUGUAUGGGUAAUAUCCCUGAGCGUGCCUACAUCAAUCUUGACGGCUUUCUCAACGAUCCAUGUACUGUGAUCGCCCUUCCAUGGGAGCUCAGGAACAAAAGGGUUUCCGACGCUAGGGUUGUCCGCAACUUGGACAAUCAUUACGAGCAGAGGGAGCAUUUCUUCGGGCCGCCGGCACCUUCUUAUGCAUCAUCCGAAAGCAUGAGUCUCGCAAUAAUGCAGCCACAAUUUGUGCGCUUUUGCGCAAUUGCCUCACGGAUUGAUCUGCGUAGUCUUUGCGAUCCGUUGGAGGCCAGAGAGUUUUCAAGCGUGGGUCUUAUUGCCGAGCUCAGUGACAGCGGAUCAGGACAUUCCUUUUUGAGCGGCGGCUCGAGAAGCAUCUUGAUAGCUUAUGCCGAAGAGAACGCCGUUGAGCCUGCUGAAGCACGGAGCACUCAUGAUCGUGAAAGUGACCUUGAUGUCGAAGUUGGCGAUGAUGAUUAUGGCUUAGAAUCGCUAUUUCGCAGUACGACUUUGGACAUUUUCGAUCUCGAAUGA